UAAGGAAAUGUGGACAAUGUCCUGCUUAUUUCGUUUAUGACCAUUAGAUUUUAUUUUGAUGACUUUAAAUAUGCUUUUAAUCCUGGUGGACGCUGUUUAGUAUGACCCAAAAAAACAAUAUCUGAUAUCUGUCGGUAGGAGCAAUCCUUCAAUCCCCCAGUUUAGGCCAUACCCUUCUUGAUGAACAAAUUCUUGUCUCCAGGUAUAGAUUUUAAAAUAAAGACAGUGGAAUUAUGUGGAAAGAAAAUAAAGUUACAGAUAUGGGAUACUGCCGGCCAAGAGCGAUUUCACACAAUCACCACUUCCUAUUACCGAGGAGCCAUGGGCAUUAUGCUGGUGUACGACAUUACUAAUGCUAAAUCAUUUGAUAACAUUUCAAAAUGGUUACGAAAUAUUGAAGAGCACGCUAAUGAAGAUGUGGAACGGAUGAUCCUAGGUAACAAAUGUGACAUAGAAGACAAACGACAAGUCAGUAGAGAGCGAGGAACAGUAAUUGCCCGAGAACAUAAUAUCCCAUUCCUAGAAACAAGUGCAAAGUCUAACAUCAAUGUAGAAAAAGCGUUUUUGGAUCUUGCUACAGCUAUUUUAAAUAAGACGCCGGGAAAGGAUUCCAAUGAAACACAAGGUCUGCACAUAAAUAAACCAGAAUCGAGAAGCUCUAAAUGUUGCUGAAAGUAAACCACUUUUAAUUUAUGGAUAUUAUGGACUUCAUGCAAAUUAUUUACUAAAAAGAUAAACGAUUAUAUAUCCUUGUAUAUUUAUCCUGUGCUCUAUAUUUGAGAAUGUGCAUUAAACGGGCUGUAUAAUGCUUUUUUGAUCUGUCGAUUUAAAGUGUAUCAACUUGUAUGUGAUGGAUCUAACUGAUGGCCACUUCACUAUUACUGUUUUACGGUCAUACUGUUCUGUUGGGUUCCUGUUUUGUUGAUUGAUGCUAAUUAGGCCCUGUAAUCACGAUGCACAGUCGGUAGCCCAUACUGUAAUGGAGAAUAUAUUUCCAGUUACACAAGACGUGCUGGAUCUUUUGUGACGGGUGAAAUUAAGGCGAAAAGGAGUGCCUUGCAUCCUUCUAAAAUUUGGUACCGUUUUUGGUUAGAGGGUCAACUCAAAAUAUUUCUGGGAUGUUCAUUAUUUCACCAUGAGCAGGUGUCCUUCUUGGCCUCAAUGAGAAGUAGAAAUACUUGAGAUAUAUUGGUUGGCCCAUGAAGAAUAUCUCGUUGGUAAAUAUCUGAUUUCUGAAAACAGAAAUCGACACACAAUGUUUAAAUUGUAAGUACUUGGAUUUAUGUCUGUUGUGUUUGCAAACAAUAGUAAAAUAUUUGCUAUGAAAAUUCUUACAUGUAUAAUACUGUAGAACAGAAAAUUAUCGCGGUGUUACAUUUUCCCGAAUAUUGGAUGAUGGACGUGUUUGUGGCAGAGUAUUUUCACGAUUCAAGGCAAUUUUUUUUCAAAAACAUUAGAAUAUGAAGAAGAGCUCAAGACGCUAGCGCCAAGUAUGACAUUAAGCCUAGAGAAAACCAAAAACUACAUUUAAGUAGCCCAUAUUCAUUUAGGAGGAGCCAUAUUUGUGUUUGCUGGAGACUUUAUGAUACAUGUAUGUGCUAAGGGAUCAUCUCCUAAUUAUUCGCAGGCGAAUAGCAACGAAAAUCGUUUUUUGGCCUAAUUCAAGAAACAAAGUUUCGUUUCUGGCCAAUAAAUUUGCUACAGAAUCGUUUCGUUUUUAGUCCUGAACUUGAAAUGAAUUUUCGCUGCGUGUCUUCAGAGCUACAAAAUUGUUGAAAAAUCACUACAAACAGCGCAAAACGAUUUUGGCAGCGAAUUUAGCAUCGCAACACUUCCAAAACUUAAAAUGUAUCAUUUCGUAGUGCAACAGAUGCGACGUUCACAUGAAAAUUACGGUUGGCUGAUUAUUUUUGGCUCCUAUACUAGGCCCGAAUCCUACCAUUUUAAGAAGAAUCCCCUCUCUGUAUCCCCUGCCAGUAUCUAUCCAAAACAGCCCAUUCAAAACGAUUGAAAAUAAUCCUCUAGUCCAACCACAACCCGGUAGUCCGGGCUUCGCUGCCCGUCCAAACAACACAACACAAGCUCAAAUAACUGCAGCGUACAAUGGGACAUUGUUUCCAGAAGAAUUUGAGUGAACUGUGAAGACAAACACGUGGGAUUAUAUUUACUAUCUACAACUACUUCUUUCGUUAAUUUCUUAUUUUUUUGCUGUCAAAGCAUGGAAGUUGAAUGACAAGCAGGCGAUUGCAAGCAGCCUAUCAUUAAUUGACAGGUGUCUACAGAUGUCAUGACCACCAGCGAAAGCUGAUUGGUCAAAGCAACAGACAGCUAAAUCGCUUUCCAAGAUGUUUCAGCGGCAUGUCUGAAGAUCAAAGCCUGGAUCACAGAAAGUUUUGACAUGGAUAAAUAGUCCUACAUGUUUUAUAGCGGUGGGUCUUUUGAUGGGUCGAAAUUGGAUCCAGCUGACUCCAUUCUAAAUCCUCACCGAUUCUAAAGAUAAUAUGAUGCAGGUGGUUGACCCCAAUUCCAAGUCGUAAUAAAAGUUAGCGUGGUAAAAAGUAUAUGGGGAAGUGAAGAUUCUCGAUUGAACUGGAUGUGACGAUGCGUAUGAUUUUUGCGGAGGCCGCCAUUGUUGCAUUGUUCAUGUUGUUUGGAAGUUGGCGGUUUUCUAGCACUGAAAUUGUGCGUUGGAUUUUAAAAUAUGGUGAUAUGUGGAAAGUUUAAUGCUGUUGGGAGCAUUGGAUUAUUAUCUUCUAGGUUGUUAACUUCUGCUACUCACUUAGGUUGUCCAAAAUAUUCCUGUGUUCGGCAUUAAAUAAGCUUUCACUCAGCGCCAUUAUUCGUGACACGCCUGCCGUUUACAACAGUGUACAAUGUAAUAUUUUUUGUCGCCGGCAAACAAUAUUCAUUUUCAAUCAUUGCAAAUUUGCUAUCAUCUCUUUAUUUUCAUUUUUACCUUGAUUCGAUAUUUGUUUCAGCUUGAUAAUUGCAACAAACUCUUUGCACCUUUUGCAGCAACAAAUUCCGAACGAUUUGAAAACAAAUUUUCGUUGCUAUUGGCUAUUUUUGCGAAUAAUUUGGAGAUGAUCCCUAAUUGUGGUGUGUGUAGGUGUUCUCUCUAAUAACCGCCUCGUAUGGUUUACCAUGAUGAAUUGAACUGGCGAUAUUGAAACAGAAUUCUUGCAAAUUUUUUAGGAGUAUAACUUUCUCUCAAAAUUUGUGAAAAUAUUCCAUACAAGAAAUGUUCUGCGGUAGAUGAUACUCAUUACUUGAAAUUACUUUGUCAACAAAUGUUAUCACAAAAGCAGAUUUGUUGUCAUAUUGUAGAUGAUGUCGUCACCUCAAAAUAUCAGAAAAUUGGAUUUUAAGCUCACCUCACCGUGGCGUCCGUCGUCGUCUGUUAGUGGAGCACGUUUCGUCACCGCUAGGGCUAGAUGGUAAAACUUGGUGUGAUGGUAGCUUUGGGCAAUAUGCCCAGACGUGUUUUUCUUUUUUUCGCGAUAUGACCUACUUUCUGGCCUCCAGGCGGCUUUCUUGGAAAUUGGUUUUUUCCCUUUUGGAAGCUAAUGGUUGUACGUAGAGUGACAAAAUGUUUAUGGUGUGUGUAUCUAAUAAGGUCAAAUGAUAUAUCACCCGGGUUUUUGAUUUGACCUACUUUUCAAGGUCACAGAUGUCAAAGUUCACUAAAUCACUGAUUAGUGGCCUGUUCAUUUCCAUUUGAGCUAGAAGGUUCUAAAGUUGUGAGGACAUAUAUCAAGGGACCCUCUAUUCUACUCCAAAAAUUUGCCCCGCUCGGUCUUCAAAUAUGGCCGCCAGGCGGCCAUCUUGUAAAUGUAAACAAUGUAAACAAAGUAUGAUUGAAACUAAAUUUCAUGUGAUUGUAUAUCUAUAUACUCUCUACAACGUCCCUGAUUUUCAGUCAAAUCCAGUGACCAAUAUGGCCGCCAGGCGGCCAUCUUGAAAAUUAAACAAAGUCCUAUUACUCCGAAACUGAUGAUCGGAUUGCAACCAAACUUCAUGUGAUUAUGUAUCUUUGUACUCUUAUCAAUAUCCCUAAUUUUCAGUCAAAUCCUAUGACAAAUAUGGCCGCCAGGGCGCCAUCUUGAAAAUCCAACGAAAUCCUAUUACUCCUAAACUGUUGAACAGAUGUCGACGAAUUUCCAUGUGACAUGUACACUCUUCAAUAACCCUGAAAUUUAGUCAACUUUAUAACCAAAAUGCUACAGUUAGAUGGUACCGGUUAUUUUCUUUUGUGCCAUUGAGCCAAGAAGAAGAAUGUUAUUCAAUGGAAUCAAAACUGGUGAAACUAGCCAGAAACUGUUCUCCCCAUAUCCACUGCAAAUGACAUGCAUUACAUUACCCAAGGUGAGCUCAGGGUCCCUGGAUCGUUUCAUUUGAGAUUUAAAAUGAGUUCUCUGUCCAUUUAACCCUACCGCGCAUUAAGACAUUUUUUUCAAAUUUCCCGCUUUUAGCACAACUUAACCAAGCUUAUGACGUCAGUAUGUACUCGGAUCAUUCUAGCAGGAACUACUGUCAAUUCCAUAUUCACGAUAUAUUUUUGUCUUGAUUUUGGAUGUUUUUUCUUGGUUUUCUUAUCUAUCUGCAGAGUGUGGUCUGGAUGGCAUCCAGUUCCGGUUCCGGCAUGGGCUGAAUCACGCCUUUUCCCACAGAAACCUCUAUCAGUGCAUGGUUUGACUGACGAGGAUGUUGGCUGCAAGGAUGUGAUAGAAUUAUACUGUUAUCAGAAACUCAUCAAACAUAUCAGUAUCACCCAAGAGUAUAUUUCAAUUUAUGUCAUCCCAUUUCUGACUGCAUGUAGAGCAUGAAGAGCAUGUGGAUUGUUCCAGGAUAUUAGCCUUUUUGUGGUCUGAGUCAAGUUCUGGAUGUUCGAAUACAAUUCCAUCCGUAUAGAUUUAAUUUGUUUUGAAUUGCGUCUCCACUAAUCUGACUCGAUACUAUAUGAGAAUGAUCGGGUCUGUAGAAAAGUGCUCUUCCAGUCAUCUUUUCAUCAGGUCUUCCAGCUUGGAUUUUUUGGCUGUCGAUGACCAGAAAGAAUCCAUAUCUCUUGGUAACUUCGUCUCCGAUGAUAUGUUGCUGUAAAGCACUGACUUUUUUGUGUUCAUCUGAGUCUUUGUGGUAGCAUUGUAUUUCUAUCACAUCCUAGCAGCCAAUGGACUUUGUGAACUUUGCCUGGCUCGGGGGGAUUCGGAGACAAGACACGAUUUAUCUCAAUCCAUAAUCUGGUUCAGGUAUUAAACCGUGGAAAUCAUGGAAUGGAGACAAUGGACAGCUUGUUGUACAGUCCAGAUCAUAAUAUUUCAGCACCUUCUUCAUUCAAUGUCUCCCAAAUUAGUGCACCAAUUCCAAUGCGGUUUUCAGGAUAUUAUCAGAAAUCUUGACGCAAUGGUCCCGGAACCGCCGACAGGCGGCACCACCUCACGACGAAGGCUUUUGCGGACCGCUUCCAAUGGUUUCAUAAGUCAUAUUCCUGGUUGUGGAUUUCGACCUCCAGUUAUCUAUGAUAGAACCCGCUCCAAUCGGUUUAACCGCAUGGAAUAGUUAGCAAAAUAAUUUUCAAGGUAGUUUACGGUGAAAAGGAGCGUGGGUUGACUUAGAAGAAAAAAAGGAUUUUAUCGGUGAAUAUCAAAACUGAUGACGCGUCCGAAAUUGUGAACUGAUAAUUUUUAGCAAGAUCCGAUGACGACGCAGACAUUGCACAAUUUUGUGACGUUCCACCACACACGAUUUUAUGACGUUGUACACCUCGUGUAUGCACGUGUAUGCUCAUGUCAUCGUGCGGUAAAAUAUGACAGCCACGGCUGCCGGUACUUUCGGUGUUUGCGCCUUGUAACUGGUAAGUUUGUGGAAAGAGCCAUGUUUCAAGUGACAUAAGCCAUUAGGAAUGCGUGUGUAUUCUUUAGGCGGCUUGUAGUAAUUAAUGACACCGAGCUUGAAGUCAAGUAAGUAGUACAAGUGUGGGCCUAGGCCCGACCGGCAUCCGCUCUGCUCAUUUCAUGAUUUGGUGAACGAUUUGAAGCAGCCGUAUCAUACCCAAAAACAUUCACAAGUGCAAUGUUUCAUGCCAGAAAGUUCCACAACAUGACAUGCACCAAACUUCUUGCAAUUAUGACGUCAGUGCAUACAGCACAUUCCAGUGCCCAAAUGCAGCAGGGACAAAAUCACAUCAAUGCAUCCUUCUUCUCGUCAACCACAACUGUCCGAUAUUCCACGACAUUUCUAUCUGAAUGUGAGUACAAACAGAACCAAUCAACUUGUAUCCGCUUCAUCCAUUUAACAUCUGCAGCACAAUGUGAGAGGACGCAUUGCCUUCAUAAGCAAUGCAUCCUCUCACCUCUCACCUCCAAACCUCAAACUGUCCAAAUAAAACUUUCCCUUUUUACAAACUCUACAACAAAACUGAAUGUCAGUAUAAACAGCUCCUAAUCAACUCAUAUAACCUUAAAUCACUUUACAUGUGCAGUAUCGUGUGAGAGCUUCCACAUCAUUAAAGCCCUAUGAUCACCACAGGAGAAAAACUAUCCACCAUUGCCACCCCAAACCCACAAAUACAACCCUACAAGUCGAGAACACCCUCCAUAUGGCCAAACUCACUGCUCCUUACUAAAUAAGCUCAAAUAACCAAACCCAGCUUGUUCCGAAAACUCUGGUUUUCUAUUUGAACAUUAUAGCAGGAAUGCAAAUGCAUGAGACUUUCAUUAUUUAAUCAGCCAAUUAAAAACCCUUAACAAAAAAGCUUUAUUAUUUCAAACUUAUAUUUUUCACUAGAACGACAGUACAAAAUGCUAAGAAUAAUGGAAAAAAAUCAUCUAAAAUCGAACGAGCGAAAGUGGAGAUGAAGCAAUUUAACUUUUUAUUAAAUGAAGGGUGUCACUGCGAAAAGCAUGUAUUCUCGUAAAAACAUGCCACUUUAAUAGCAGUGAAUGCGCUGUUGAAAAAAAGCUCUAUCUUGAUUAUAGUCGUACUUCCACCUAUCAAAUCCCCGUGUCUUUUGCGCUUACACCUAUGAAUUGCCAUGUCUAAAUAGACCCGUGUGUCAAAUCCCCGUGUCUAUUAGCCCCAUCGAGCUCGAUGGGGCUAAUCGGGGCUAAUUUAGACCCGUGUGUUCAACACAGGUUUUUUGAUAGGUGGAAUCUGAAUAGCCCCGGCAAUUGCAAGUUCUAAGACCCGGCGACAGAUGGCGCGCUGUAGUUGCCUCGGUAUUGCGCAUGCGAAAUUCCCCUCCAACGGGAAAGAAACACAGGAGAGCUCCCUACCUACAGCGCACCUGUCGCUGGGGCUAUUAACCAUUAUCUAACACCACACUGAUAGGUGUAAGUGCGCCCCGGGUUUUUUGACACACGGCGAAGACACGGGUCUUGAAAAAACACGGGGUUUUAUGAUAGGUGGAACUACGACUUAUUACUCGUCCGAAUUUUAAGGGUUUUUUUUGUCAGUAUUCGUAGAAUUUUGUGUUUUAUCAUGGAAGCAAAAAAUAUUUCAAAAAAAGUUUGACCUAAAAACGUUUUUUGUAAGGGUUGUUUAAAUGGGCGAUAACAGAAAGACGCACUCAUGCAUUCGCAUUCUUGCCUUAAUUUGUAAUUGGGAAACAAAAUUGCGGACAAUAUCCUGAAAACUAUAUUGGAAUUGGUGUACUAGAUACGGUACAAGAUAUUGCAUGAAGUAGGUGUUGAUAUUAAUAUGAUCAGGACCUCAGAAAGUCAAUGACAGUUUAUCUACCACCGACAAGCCCAUAUUCGUAGGGCAUUGUAAUCACUUAUAGGCCUAUACAAAUCAACUGUUUAGGAGGCCUUGCACUUUAUACACAAGAAUAUGAAUUCCUGAUGGAAAAUGAAUGUAUUGUCCCAAUGAAAUUCCAUCGUGAUUUACCAGAUGACACAGCUUUGAAAUGCAACUGCGUGAAGUGUGCUACUCGCUCCCGUCCUUGUAGAGGAAAGAAUGGUCUAUGCUGUAUAUUCUGUCAAUGCCAAAGCAAUGGCCAAGGUAGUCAAUGCAGAAAUCCAAACGGGGUAAUUCCAACUAAUUAAAUUGCAAUGUUAGCGAUGGGAUAGAGCUACCAACUUUGACUGUGCCCAGUGGAUACCACAGUAUUCAUCAAAUUAAGUUGAAAACCUUGAUAGCGUAUCAUAUUGUAUGUAAAUGAUAAGGUCGGCUAUUGCUAUUAAAAAAGUUCUUGUCACUGGAAAACAUUUUUCUUACUCCUCCUAGCAACACUUUCUGAUAUACUGUCGGUGUUUGGUAGACAAUAAAAGAAGAUGAGACCAUUAUUAUUAUCAUACCAUACCAAUUUGCGUAAUGUUAUAACUUUUGACGAUGCAACUAGGUCCUAUAUUGGAUUAUACCAUCAUACUGUUCAUGCAAUUAGGUUUUAUUGGCUUCCUUAUCCCUAAAACCUAUCGAAAAACACUUUUCUUUUUUCUUCUAGCUCAAUUCUAAAGCAAGAAAAGCCUCAUUUGAAGGUGCGGUGGCCAUGUUGGAUUUCACAGUGAUCUAGUAAUUUUUUACACUGUCACUGGAAAUUGUUUUAAAAUAUUCCCUGACCCCAAUUACCUAGAGAAAGACAAACCUAAAUUCAACCCUAUAGCACCAUCAUUUAGGGAGUUCUACUGGAUUUAAUGAAAUGGCGGCCAUGACCCCAUCUGAAAUGUCUACCCUAUUUUUGGCUCCCCUCGUGAGCCUGUGCGCUGAUGUGGCAUCCGUCGUCGUCGUCCGUCUUCGCCGUAUAUUAGCACAGCAGGUUUCGUACUGAUGUACCCUUGGGACCUGGGGCGAUUCACACAAAAUUUUGUUCCAAAAUUAUUCUUGGUUUAGCCAGUAGGCAGGGUAAUUAAAAAACGAAAAAAAACAUGUAUUAGGACCCGUGAUUUUGGUCAGAGUUUGAUGACAUUUUUUUUGUAGGUACUCCUAGCAAGGAUACAUCAUAUAUCAUACAGGUUUUUUAUUUGACUUACUUUUCAAGGUAACAGAGGUCAAAGAUCCCUUAAUCACCGAUAGGUGGCCCGUUUCGUUUCUAUUUGAGCUAGAAGGUUCUAAACUUAUUUGGACAUGUUUCUAGGGACUCUCUAUUCUACCCCAAAAAUUUGGCCUGCUCAGACAUCAAAUAUGGCCGCUAGGUGACCAUCUUAAAAAUUAAACAAAGUCCUAUUACUCUGAAACUAAUGAUCGGAUUGCAACCACGUUUCAGGUGAUUAUGUAUCUAUGUACAAGGCUUGAAAUAACUUCCUUAGGGCUUGGAGCAAAUUUGCUCGGGAAUAUUUUUUAUGGGUAGCAAUUUCUGUCUCUUGGGUAGCAACUUUUUUGUACAAAGUAAUGGUAAAAAAACUUAAUCUCCAAUGGGCACAUAUUGCUAAUAUAGGUGAUGGUGAUAGUCUUCGUGUGCAUUGCGCUAUUCCAAUGCUUCUUCACAUUAUUCCAUUUGAGACUGGAGCCAGAAAUUCCCUUCACAAAGUUCCCGCAAAAGUUCUUCAUCGGUUUCACUGAAUUCACAUGUUACCUACACAAUUUGCAGUGCAAUUCUGUGACCUUUCCCCCCAUUUACUGAUGGGAAAUCCAUCGUUUUUUCUGAUCAAAAUCCGCCAUCCAGCCAGCUACUGUCGAUUCCAUGACGCUGGCCAUGUUGAAUAGCAACCACGCGGGCAUAAAUAAUGCUCUGCAUAUAGGCCUGUGCACUGUGCACAAUUGCGGUACCUGGAGCAGAGGUUGUGUACGCGACGGGGCUGACUCAAUGGUGUAACAGGGGCUGUCUCAGUGGUUUGAAAUUGCUUAGCGCAGUUUUGUAUUUCACUUUUAAAGCAUGGGUCGCCAAAUCACAAUUUCGUAUUGCAAAAUGCGAUGCGAUGCACCUUUUUUUUAGCCUUGUGUGUACUCUUUACAAUAACCCCAAUUUUCAGUCAAAUCCGAUGACAAAUAUGGCCCCCAGGCUGUCAUUUUGAAAAUUCAACAAUUCCUAUUGCUCCUAAACAUUGAAGAGUUGUCAACCAAUUUCUAUGUGACAUGUACACUCUGCAAUAACCCUGAAUCUCAUAAACAAUAUGGCCACCAGGUGGUGGCCAUCUUUAAAAUUCAAUAAAAUCUUUUCAUGCCUUAACUAAUGAUUAGAUGUUAACCAAUUUUCAUGUGACAAUGUAUCUAUUUUACUCUUUACGAUUAUCCCUGAAAUUCAGUCAACUUUAUAACCAAAAUGCUAUGCUUAUGUGGUACCGGUAUAUCAUCUUGUGCCGUUGAGCCGAGAAAAUGAGUAUUAUUCAAUGGAAAUAAAAACUGGUGAAACUAGCCAAGAUAUUGAAACUUAGGCCUCGGUUAUUAUAUUAUUUGGUUUACCUUGAAAGUAACCCAAGGUACGGAGGCGAAAUUAAAAAAAACAUAACUUUUGGCUCACCUGUCUUAAGGACAGGGGAGCUAUAGUGAUAGCACGUCGUCCGUCGUCCGUUAAACAAUGGUGGCACGUUUCUUAAUCGCUUGACCUAGAAACUUUUAACUUAGUGUGUGGGUCUCUUGGGGCAACUGUAACUUGCAUACCGAGAUUCGGUGGGAUUUGAUUAUUGUUCUGGCAUAUAGGGGGCGCUUUGUGAAAACCUUGUUUUGGCCAUAACUCCUGAAUGCUGCUAGCUAGUAUGAUGAAACUUUUAUUGUGGGUUCAUCUGGUGAUAGUGCAUCACGUGUAGUACGGGUUUUUGAUUUGACGUGCUUUUCAAGGUCACAGAGGUCAAAGUUGGAAAAAUCCAAAAAUGUGGCACGUUUUGUCAUUGUUUUACAUAGCAACAUCAAAACCUGGAAAAAUGUGUGACAGGAAGACCUUCUCAGGGGCACAAAAUUUCAGCCCGUUCCAACUUCAAUGGCCACCAUUGGGCCUGACCCAAACGGAUCCAAGUGCUAUAACUCAAAAGCAAUUUGAUCUAGGGUGUUCAUAUUUUACACAUUACCUCAAUAUGACAUCGAAGCGCAUGCCAAAUUUUGGCACGGUCAGAUUUUAAAUUUGACCACCAGGUGGCCGGACACGAAAAAAGGCCUAAUCUAGCUAAUGACUCAUGUCAUAAACACAGCUGUUCCCCAUCUGGCCUAAGUUGAGAAAGAAAGAAGAGUCAAAAAAAUUAUUAUAAUUCUGUCAACACUUAUGACAGAGGAAACAAUCUUUGAUUGAUGCCGGGGAUUGAUGUAGGUUCCGUAAACAUUCGCUAUCGCAGUGUCGCUGUCUAUUGUUAGAUGAUGAAACUAGAGAAUGAUAGUUUUCUGUGUCUGCCUAACCCUAGCCCUAACCCACCAAAGCCUACUUUUCAAGGACCACAAAAUAGCGUAUGUUGGCUGAUGUCUACAGGUGAGCACAACGGCCCUGGCGGCUUCAUUUUCAAAUUAUGGGCCUUAGGUCGACACGGCAGAGAAACCAACUAAUAAACCAACUAAUAAAAAAAGCGUAUGGCAUUAAUGCUGACUGUACUUUUUGCGUCGAAUCGCAUGUUUGUUCCUUUGAUAUGCAUGCCCUGCAUGUUUUGCUGCUUCAAGCUUUUGUUCUGCUGCUGUACUAACCACUGCACUAACCUGCAAAUUCUACUGUUAGUUGUUCAUUUGUUGGUUGUGCAUUGUAUACUGCAAAUGACAUGCAUUAGAUCACCCGAGGUGAGCACAUGGUCCCUGGACCAUUUCAUUUUUAACUCUCCUAGGGGUGCCCUACAAGGAUCAAAAGUCAAAUUUAGGGGGUAUCUGCUUGCACACAGGGUCCCCCUGAGCCCCAGGACUAUUUUGGAUUUCCUAUACUUGUUUCUUUUUUGCUCCGAAUUCAUAUUAAAAUGAAAACAUUUCUCACAGUUCUGGGUAGUAAUUUCUGAAUUUAAUGUUCUAAUGUUGAAAUUACAUUGCCCUGUCGGUAAUCUGGGGGCACUAUUUGAAACCGUAUGUAUUUGUAUACAAAUAUACAAGAUCACGUUCAUUGA